AUGGAUAGCGCUCAGGCAGAGCUCGCUGUUGCCCUCAAGGCUCAGUAUGACCUUGACAAUCGACCAGACGUCACCGAUGAUGCCGUCGAAGAGAUCAGGAAUUCCGUCAUCUUCCAGUAUAAUUGGGAAGAGCUGCUUCAAUCGGGCCCUGUCGCUCUUGCCUCGAUUGGUUCCUGCUUCAUAGCUUGUACCUCUAAAGGUAGUGAUCACAUUCAGCUGGAACCGCCCGAAGACGGCAAGUUCGAGCAUGCGUCGCUCAACGCCAGCUUGAUGGAUUCAGCAAACUAUGGCCGGGAGGCCUUUCUCAAGGCCGAACGGAACAUGCUGUUCGUCAAACAGGUUUCCGGGAGAGUCUCCAAAAGAGUAUAUGAAAAUACGGCUAGAACGCAGCUUGGCCCUCAGCUUACCAUGAUCAAAGUAGCAGCAGAUGAUUGCUACAACAAGGUGAAGGAGAUUGACGAGAAGUUUGAGCGUUGGCUUAUGCACUGCAUGGAGCUUCACGCCGCCUGCAUGCAGACACAAUCCACAAACGACGAGCGUCUCAGCACCACCGAGAUGCACAUGGCGGUUGCCCAGACACUUCUUGACUCGGAGAAGGAUUCCGUCGAGAAGACGAAGAAGAUCACGAGUGACUUUGCUAAGCAGGUUGAGCUUGCCACUGAGACCUUCAAGCAAGCAUCCGAAGAGUAUCCCUCUGGAUGGGAUAUAAUUGGCCAGCAGGUUGUCAGCUCAAUCGCGGAGACGACUACCGCGGCAAUAGGGCAGCUAGUCAAGGGCUUUGCCAGCACCCUGAACCCCAUAGCCGCUGCCUCGAAUGGUCUUGAUCUUUUCAGGAGCCUGGUGCACGGAGGGAAAAACCCGCCCCCAAAUGGUGAAGCGCCUCCGGUCCAGCCAACGCCGCCUGCGCCGAAACCGACAGAGCGGCCCCAUACCGAAGACCCGGCACACACUUAUAUCAUCAAGGACAUUGUAUACUUUGAAACGCUCAACGCUGUCUUGACCAAGGGUAAAGAUGGCGGAGUGAAUUGGGAAGAAGCCGCGGGCAAAGGUGGCCGGGCGUCUCAGAGCACUUAUUGGGUGGUGUCUAUGCUCCAGAGCGAAUUCGACAAUUUCAGGGUAGUUGCUACAAGCGACGAGCCCAGCCAGACCCUUUUGAAUGCCUUCACUACCGCGCUGCAGAUUGCCACGGCUAUCCAAGACGAAGUGAAAAAGUCCGCAGGUAUUGGCCAGAGAUUUCCCAAAGCCAAAUCCAAGGAAGUCAAGGACUGGCAGAAGCAGUGGUCCUCUCUCCCAAUCAUGGUGGAAACUGAAGAUCCUGCAAUUGCCAUCGCACGGACGAAUGCCCAAACGGCGGUGGCGCAGGCCACUCUGGAUGCAGCCAAAUACCGCCUCAGCAUGGCCCAGAAACGAUUGAGCACAACCCAGCAACUAUAUCUCAAAUCCUCUCAGAUGAUGGUCGAGCAGCAGAACAAACUAGCGCAGGUUCAAGCUGAGAUCCAGAAGCUGAGCACCACCACAGCUGACCUUAACGAAGUCAAACAAAUCCUUAUACAGGCAAUCGGGCUCAUUGCCCAGAUGAAGUCGCAGAUUGCCAAUCUCUGCCGCUUCUUUGGGGCGAUUGGUGCUACAGUCGACGCUGUCAUCAAGUACAAUGUGCAACCAUUCAUUGACAAUAUCAGCGCCAUUACCGACGAACCUACGAGCAAGCAGGCCUCCAUUGCGGGGAUCAAAUAUACUGAUCUAAGUCGCACAAUGAUAUAUCAGGCCGUAGUCACUAUCAAGGCCUAUUUCUCUGUGUUUGCCGAUAUUGCAGGCAUGUGGAGCGAGCUCUCUCAGGACGACAUCAUGCCGGGGCUAUCACUGGUAGAUGCGAUGUCACUCACGCGAAAGCAAGAGGAACAGGAACUCAAGAUGCGCGAGCUAGUGGAUUGGACGCAGAAAGCUCAAGACCAUAUAAAGCAGGUGGCAGCUGAGAAAAGGGCUGAUGUCAUCAAUGGUAUGGGAAUGAGAAUCAGGAGCAUUGAGGCCACCACGAAGAUGCUGCCACCGGCCCCGGCUGUUGAAGCGGCGAUUGAGGAGGGCACCAGUGCAGCCACUCAAGCGGGCGAGGAUGAACUCACUCACAAAGCUGAUGUCUCGCCUUUGAAGCGGUUUGGCAUGAAGCGAUAG